GACUGACAAUAAGAGGUGGGCUUUCUCCAGCCAGGCCAGUGCAGCGCUUUACUUCGGCAGGGCUCCGCAACGCGGCUCCGGUACGGGAAAAACUGAAGAAGACAGAAGAAGAACCAAGUGGUGUGGCUAUGAAUCCCGGCGGGAACACUUAACCUUUUUAGACCACGGCAGCUGGGGUGAUAAUCUGAAGCGGGAAGGUGGAUGGAAGAAUGGCAACGCCACAGUGCAGCUCCAGGCAGAGCAGCUCACUCUCGUCUUCUCCCAGCAGCAGCAGCCGCAUGCAGUGCCUGCAGGUGGACUCGGUCCAGCGCUGGAUGGAGGACCUACGUCACAUGACGGAGGUGGAGUGCAUGUGUGUGCUUCAGGCCAAGCCCAUUGAGGUCGAGGACGAUUCUCAGCAGGCUGAACUGAUUGUGUCCACCGGGGCGAGGCCGGGGGCGGCGGCAGGGGAACAUGUGGCCCGCAACAACCUGCAGACGCUACUUCGCAGGGCCCUAGUGGUCAGCACCGAGCUGGGCAAGAUGUUCCAGCGACUGGAGAAGGGACGCUGGCAGAGGGUCCACAGCACGGCGGUGCGGGCAAACUGCCACGUGCGCUCCCUGGUGCACGAGUACAGUGCAGCGCGUAGCACACCAGCCGAUAUGCAGAAGUUUGAGAUGUCUCUCCUGGAGAAGUGUAUGGAGCUGACGAACAUCACAGAGAGGUGCCUUCACACCGAGGACGAGUUCUUCCUGAAGUCCAUGAGAGACGCCAUUCACGAGAUCCUGACUGAUGUCAGCGAUUCGUUCAGCAACAUGAUUGACAUGGCAUUAGCCAAUGAGAUCCAGGUUCUGAUCAAGCAGAUUGAAUCUUCCGACAACGUCCACACAAUCGGCAGCGCCAUCAGCAACCUGUUGUCCCUCACCCAGGAUGGGCCGCAGCUAUGCAGCAUUAUCGCCAAGGAAGGAGCUGUGGUGUCGCUGUUCAAGAUUUGCCGUCAGGAUCGCUUCAAAGGCCUCUACGCUCACGCUCUUAGGACCGUGGCCUCCGUCUGCUGCGUGGAGGAGGGCAUCAUGCAGCUGGAUAAGGUCAUAGUUUUAGCAUUCUUCGCCGAAAAGUGGAAUUUUCGAUGGCGGAUGCUUGGCUCCAAACAGGUAGACGGCAUCCUGUGCCUGGCAGACAUAUUGACGGACGACGGCAGCACGGAGGCGGCGCGGGCCGAGGCGGCAGCAGUGGUGGCGCAGAUCACAUCGCCACACCACACGUCCACGCAGCACCUGGCCAGUUUCCUGGAGAGCAUGCACGACAUCGUCACCGCGCUCAUCAACUUGUGUGAGAGUGCCUCCUGCGGCGAGGUCUUCCUGCUGGCGUCAGCGGCCCUGGCCAACAUCACUUUCUUCGACAGCAUGGCCUGCGAGAUCCUGCUACAACUCAACGCCAUCCACAUCCUGCUGCAGGCCUGCAAGGACCGCCAGAGGGUGGACACGCCCUACUCCAAGGACCAGGUGGUGACCAUCUUGGCCAACCUAUCUGUCUUGGAGCAGUGUGCAAGUGAAGUCCUACAGGAGCAAGGCGUGGAGCGGCUGCUGCUGCUGCUGGGCGAGAGGCCGUCCUCCUCUAGUCCGUCCGAGGGUGCCGCCUGCGAGCGUGUGCAGCAGAAGGCCGCCGUCACGCUGGCACGCCUCAGCCGGGAUGCCGAGGUGGCCCAGGCCGCCAUCCAGCUCAAAGCCGUUCCUCGUCUCAUCGAGCUCUGCCGAUCCCCCACGGAGAGGAAUAACAGUGACUCCGUCUUGGUUGCUUGCCUGGCGGCUUUGAGGAGGCUGGCAUCAGGGUGUCCCGACAGCAUUGAGGCAGCAGACCAUCAGCAGCUGAUCAAACCGCGGCUGGUCGACUCCUUCCUGUUGUGCUCCAACAUGGAGGAGAGCUUUGUUUGAUGCUAAUGUGUUAAUGUGCAUCAUACGAUUGAGCGGUAAAAAAAAUAUUUGAGUGGACCACCAGACAAACACAUUAGAUUGGAUGAAAGAUACAUUUUAUAUGAGUGUGUGUGUGUUUGUGUGUGUUUAAAGAUCAUAUCAGACAUACAGUGUGAUGGUGGCUUCGCUUCACAGGUCAAAUCAGGACAAGUUUGUGUGAGUCCAGUGUCACGUAUCCUAUUUAUUUAUAUUGUGUAUACUAGUUUUCAUUGCAUCCCAGGCUUAAAAAUGUUGGAAUUUUACGAUCAUUGCUACAAAUUUAUUUAUUAAUCAAGUUCAUUCAUAAUUAUCCCAAAAGUAUUUGAACUUAGAUACAUUUUUUUUUCUUUUUUUAGAAAAGUCUGCCGAGAAUAAAAUAAGUUACUAAAAUAACUUAAAUUCAGAUAAAGCUGAUAUUUUUUUUUUGGGGGGGGGGGGAUUAAACAAUCUUUUUUUUUUUUUUUUAAGUUGUAAUCUUACAAAAAUAAUUUAAAAUGAGAUAAAAUUUUACUUUUUCAAGGCAAAAAAUAUGUUACAAAUAAAUUCACAUUUUUUGGGGGAAAAGAAGAAUCUCAUGAAAACAAACAAUUUAUCAGUUUAUUUUUGAAAGGGGACAAUGCAAUUUCAUAAAACACAUGGUUAAAAAAGGCUAUAGGUGUUAACUAGCCACAUUUUCAGUUUUUUUGUGAAGGCCUUGUAUGUUGUAAGCAGUUUAACCUCCUCAGGUACUGAGUUCCACUCACCAGCGCUCCUCACUGACCAGGCUGACUUACUGAAAGUGCUCCUGCGCAGAGGAAUGAGACAGUCACCUCUGACAGAGCCUCGAGUGACACGCUCAGAGCUGUUUCUUUGGCUGAUGAACUCAACUCAAUUUAGUUGUAUCUUUUCAAGGAGAAAAGUCGACAUUUACAAGAAAGGCCGAUUUGUCGUGAAAAAAAGCUGGAUCUUACGAAAGUAAAUUAACUUUAGUUAGAAAAGUCUUACCCAAAUAAAGUCUGCUCUUUUUGAGAAAAGAAAGUUGCAAUGUUGCUCAAAUACUAUUUUAGUGUUUUUAUUUUAUUUUUAUUUUAAGAUAUUAAGUUGUAAUAUUACAUUCAUACCAGCCACUGUAUUUGCAUAACCACAUAAUUACAACAUUACAGUUGAAUAUAAAUGGACAGCACACUUGUUUUUUAUGACGAUUGUGUGCAUGAAUUAUUCCUGUUGCUUGUUUCGUACGACACUUCGAGUUAAUCCUCUUCAUGUGAAUGCCAUCAAUAUCUGUCAUGAUCAUAUGUGCUACUGGAAUUUAUAUUGCUUUUUUUUCUUGUUAUUUAAAAGGAAUGAUUGUACGCAACGCAUCUAAUAAAGACAACCAGCCACGA